UGAGCUCUGAAAUGCAGCAUCGUCGGGGGGAAGGGCAGGGGGGAGACUUGAAUGUUGCCCAAACCUGGGAUAAUUAAAGUCCUUGCAAGAGACUAGGGGAGAGAUAGGUUUCUUGAAUUGUUUCUUUGUUUCUCACCCUUGGGCUUUGUUAUCUGCAUUAUUUAUUUAGCCGAGGGGUUCUUUGUGUCUGCGAAUGGCCCCAAUCAAGUUUUGCUUGAGACAAUUAGCUGGUGCCCGGCCGGGAAUCCUAUGCAAAUGCCCCGGGCAGCCGUACAAUGCGGGCAGUUGAAGGCAUGGGGGGUUUUGUUCGGGCAGUAAUUACUGGAUGGGACGUGCUCCCCCCCCCCCCAUCCCUCCCCUCCCUGCCUUUUUGGGGAGGGAUACGUUUAUCUGCUCAGUCUCUCCCGGCUCCCAAAUCCGGCUGGGGGGCGGUUUAAGAGCUGGAGGAUCGGCGGGGGAAAGCAGCGGGGAUAAAAGCCGGGGGGCAGCCAGCUCCCUGACCCCCCCCCUCCCUUCUUCCCUCCGCAGGCACCUGGCGGCCCCCCCCGGCCGACGGCACCCCCAGGCACCGCCCGGGGCAGGCAGGGCGCUCGGGCGGCUCCCCCUCGCCCGGAUUUCGGCCAACUCUCCUCCCCGCUACAACUUUAGCAUGAUGUCUUAUCUUAAGCAACCACCUUAUGCAGUCAAUGGCCUGAGUCUCACAACCUCGGGCAUGGAUUUGCUGCACCCGUCCGUCGGUUAUCCCGCCACCCCCCGAAAGCAGCGGCGGGAGCGCACCACCUUCACCCGGGCGCAGCUGGACGUGCUGGAGGCCCUUUUUGCCAAGACCCGCUACCCCGACAUCUUCAUGCGGGAGGAGGUGGCGUUGAAAAUCAACCUGCCCGAGUCCAGAGUGCAGGUGUGGUUCAAAAACCGCCGGGCCAAGUGCCGGCAGCAGCAGCAGCAGCAGCAGAACGGGGGUCAGAACAAGGUGCGGCCGGCCAAAAAGAAGAACUCGCCGGCCCGGGAAGUGAGCUCGGAGAGCGGGACCAGCGGGCAGUUCACACCCCCCUCCAGCACCUCGGUGCCCACCAUUUCCAGCAGCAGCGCCCCCGUGUCCAUCUGGAGCCCGGCGUCCAUCUCCCCACUCUCUGACCCCCUGUCCACCUCUUCCUCCUGCAUGCAGAGGUCCUACCCCAUGACCUACACCCAGGCCUCAGGUUACAGCCAAGGAUACGCGGGCUCGACCUCCUAUUUCGGAGGGAUGGACUGUGGAUCUUAUUUGACCCCUAUGCACCACCAGCUGCCCGGACCGGGGGCCACCCUGAGUCCCAUGGGUGCCAACGCGGUCACCAGCCACCUCAACCAGUCUCCGGCCUCCCUCUCCACCCAGGGCUACGGAGCCUCCAGUUUGGGCUUUAACUCGACCACUGAUUGCUUGGAUUAUAAAGACCAAACCGCCUCCUGGAAGUUAAACUUCAAUGCUGACUGCUUGGAUUAUAAAGACCAGACAUCCUCAUGGAAGUUCCAGGUUUUGUGAAGGCCCGCGGGGAACCUUUGUGAUCAUACGAGAAACCGCGACGAGAAUGAACACGCUGGGCCGAACGCUCCAGUUUUAGUCAGGUCUUGGUUAAAUUAAAGAGAAAAUAACUAAAACGGACAAAUGGACAAACAAACAAACAAAAAACUGACGACGACAACAGCAACAAAAGAGGGACAGUGCUGGUGUGACCAUGUUCAGACUCAUCUCCUGCUCAGACGCUCUGGAAAAGGAAUAACAAAGAGGAAAACGGAGAAGGAAGGCCUUAAACGGACAGAUCAUCUAGUGAGCAGAAAACAGACAGACCAAUCUGUGUUCUUUAUAGUUUUAGGCAAAUUGUUGGGUUUCUUUGUUUGGAAGAGGUGGGAGAUCGUUCCACCUACGGGCCAGUUUAAAAAAAAAAAAAAAAGUCUAGGUUUUUAUUUCUUUUUUGUGUGUGCGUGGAAAGAUCCUUCACCCAGAGGUUUCCAAUGUGUUAUCAACCCUUGGUUAAAAUAUUCGGAAUGGACAGCAUCUCUCUCUUUCUCUUUUUCUCCCUCUUUCUCUCCCUCCCUCUUUCUUUCUAUCUCGAGCUCAUUCAACUGUUUCAUGCCCAACUUGCUCAAGUUGGCACCGAGAGAACUUGGUUCAGGGCUGUGUGGGUUGUGUGACUGAUUGUCCUAGCUGCACUACUUUAUUUAAAGAAAAAAAAAAAUAAUGUUCAUAAGGAGUCAAUAUGUAGUUUUUAAGAGACAAUCAGUGUGUGUCUUAUAUAAAUGGUACAUCUGUGGUUUUUAAUCUGUGCUAGACUUCAAAACUGUGAUCUCCUGUAUUGUAUGCAACUACGAACUCCGCACCAGCGGGAGUUCUGCUGUGAUUUAAAUAGGUUAUAAUUAUAAGUGAAAUUCAGAGCAACUGAGUUACCUAUUAUCAUCUUUUUAAAAAUACAAAAAAAAUAUAUUAAAAAAAAAAUAAUAAAAACACAAAAAAAUACAUGAUCGCCUUUCACCAGAGGUGAACUGCACUGAAACUUUUUACAACAAACUGUCUUUGAAUGAAAGAGAAAAGAUCGAAAAAACCACCCAAGGACAUUAAGCUCCUCUGGAGUUCACUUACUGCCGGCCACGCUGGCGGUAGCCGUCAAAUCAAACAGGACUUCGGGCAGUUGCUCUGACCUGGACGAAUUUAAACCGAGAAAUUCAUUGUCGUUUAUGCUUGCAGAUGUUAACUGAGGAAAAAAAAAAAAAAAAAGAUAUAUAUGCAUAAACCUUUUUUUCCUGGAUUUGGCAGAUAUGUAUAAUUAUAUUAAAAUGGUUCUAGCACACUC